GCGGCGGCUGGCGGGAGCGGCGGCGGCAGCACAGCCUCGGGCCAGCCGGGCGCGCAUCCCGGGCACCCAGCGCAGCGGAGAGCUUAGCGGGCCGCAAGAGUCUCAGGACAGGAGUGGACAAAGCAAGAUGGCAGGAAUCUUAGCCUGGUUCUGGAACGAGAGGUUUUGGCUCCCGCACAAUGUCACCUGGGCAGACCUAAAGAACACGGAGGAAGCCACCUUCCCUCAGGCUGAGGACCUUUACCUCUCCUUGCCCCUGGCCUUCUGCAUCUUCAUGGUGCGGCUCAUCUUCGAGAGAUUUGUAGCCAAACCAUGUGCUAUAGCCCUCAACAUCCAGGCCAAUGGACCACAGAUCGCUCCACCAAAUGCCAUUCUGGAAAAGGUCUUCACUGCAAUUACAAAGCAUCCUGAUGAAAAGAGAUUGGAAGGCCUCUCCAAGCAGCUGGACUGGGAUGUUCGCAGUAUUCAGCGCUGGUUUCAACAAAGACGCAACCAGGAGAAGCCAAGCACACUGACGAGGUUCUGUGAGAGCAUGUGGAGAUUUUCAUUUUUCCUUUAUAUAUUUACCUAUGGAGUCCGGUUCCUGAAAAAGACUCCCUGGUUGUGGGAUACAAGGCACUGCUGGUACAACUACCCCAAUCAGCCACUUACAACUGACCUUCACUACUACUACAUCCUGGAGCUGUCGUUCUAUUGGUCUUUAAUGUUUUCCCAGUUCACUGAUAUCAAAAGAAAGGACUUUGGCGCUAUGUUCCUGCACCAUCUUGUAGCUAUUGUCUUGAUUACCUUUUCAUAUGUCAACAAUAUGACCCGAGCAGGGACCCUGAUCCUUUGUCUUCAUGAUUCGUCUGAUGCUCUUCUAGAGGCUGCCAAAAUGGCAAAUUAUGCCAAGUUUCAGAAAGUGUGUGAUCUCCUGUUUGUUAUGUUUGCCAUGGUUUUUAUCACCAUGAGACUUGGUAUAUUUCCUCUCUGGGUUUUAAAUACUACAUUAUUUGAAAGUUGGGAGAUUGUGGGACCUUACCCUUCCUGGUGGUUUUUUAACCUACUGCUGUUGGUAAUACAAGGAUUGAACUGCUUCUGGUCUUACUUUAUCAUAAAAAUAGCUUGCAAAGCUAUUUCAAAAGGCAAGGUGUCUAAGGAUGAUCGAAGUGAUAUUGAGUCUAGCUCAGAUGAGGAGGACUCAGAACCUCCAGGGAAGAACCCCCACACCGCAACAACCACCAAUGGGACCAGUGGAACCAAUGGGUACCUCCUGACUGGCCCUUGUACCGUGGAUGAUUAAUUACAAGCAGUCCCUGGGUUAUGAACAUCCAACUUACAGACAACUCGUACUUAAGAAUGGACUGCCAUAAAGCCUAUUAUAUUAAAAAUUUGAGUUAAAUACAAUGGCUCAUAACAGCGAACGCACGCACUACUUUGUGACACUCAUGAAAACAUCGCGCAGUUUGGAAGUGUUUCUUAAGUGUUUCAUAUGCAUAGGUAAAAUAUAUUUACUAAGACUGACGCUAAAUAAGAACCAUAUGUACCUGUUCUGAUUUACCUACAAAUUCGACUUAAAGAUAGACUUAAGAAUGGAUCUCGUUCCUAACCUGGGGACUGCCUGUACUCAAAACUACAAGUCCUGAACAAAGUAAAAUAUGUGUUCCUGGAAAUAUUUAAUAAGUUGCAAAUGCAGUUCAUUUCAUAAUAUCUCAGCACCAGAAACAAAAUUUAGGAUUAUCAAAGCAUUUGAAUAGUGCACUGCCAUAUGUUCUGUCUGUGAGUGAAGAAUUCCCAUUCUCUAUAUGUAGGCAUGCUGUAUGUAAUUGACACAAGGGAAUAGUAUUUGCAUUUGUACUGUCUUAGAAUAUUAUUUAUUUUCUGUAUUUGUAAAUCUGUGGACAAAAGGGGAUUUCCUCACUCUUUACUCUCUGGGUUCAUGACAGUGAGGGAGGUACUCCAUCUGCUUCUGCCCCUUUCUAUUGCUGUAGCCCAGUCUGCUAUGAGCAUCAGCUUAAUUUGUCACUGAGAGUAAGCAAAACCCAGCACAAGAUUCUUAUACAGCUCCAGAUAAUUUCGCUGCCUUUGUUACAGUGCCCAUUUUGAAAUUGCCUAUGCUGUCUCAGUGACCAUUCUCCCAGUGUAAAGUUUAAACAGGAAGAACUAGGUUUUUAAAUUAUCACUUGAUGGGGUCAAUUAGCAAUUCAAAUUAAAGAGCAUGGUGAUUGGAGGACUUUUUAAAAAUCAUUUUUGUAUGAAAUUCCUUUGGAAUAGACUUCAUUUCUUAUGCACAGACAGAGCCAAGAUUUCUUCAGUGAAUGUGGUAGCUAGUUGGAGAUCAAAUCUACCUUGUAGAUUGCUGUGAGUCGGAAUCAACUUGGGGACACACAACAACAACAUGAUGAGGUCAUUGCUGUGGCUCUGAAGAAAGACAUUUGUUUAAGCAUAGUUACAAGUAAAGAAUUCACUCUAACGUUGGGAAUGUGCCCCCAUGAGCUGGGAAUAACAAAGAGACUAACUGAUUUCAACCAGGUUUUGCCACUACCCCUGUAAUUACCACAGUUUUCUGUCAUGUCCUGAAGAGAAGAAGUUAAGUGUAUUUCAGAGCAGAAAAUGGAGACUUCGAAGAGUUGGCAAAGAUUACCGCCAGUGUAAAACACUUUGUUGCAUUCAAUUUUCAAGAAGGAACCCCAUCUGGUAUUUGUUCUUGAUAUUUUUAAUUUGCCGAGAAAAUAAAAUCAGCAGGAGAAAGACUAUUUUACCUUUGUCUUUUCUCCUUAAAGAGCCCUGGUGGCACAGUGGUUAAGUACUCAGCUGCUAACCAAAAUGUCAGCAGCUCGAGUUUCAAACCCACCAGCCUCUCCGUGGGAGAAAGACAUGGCAGCCUGUUUCUGUAAAGAGUACAGCCUUGGAAACCCUAUGGGGCAGUUCUGCUCUGCCCUAUAGUGUUGCUAUGAGUCAGAAUUGACUUGAUGGCAGUGAGUUUGAUUUUUGGUUUCUUUUCUCCGUAAACAUAACCCAAAAUGGCUUUCUUUUUGCAAGAAACUGAGCAGUGUCACAUUCCAAGUCCGGAAAUAUUUUUUCAAAUGAAGCUAUUCCUAGAAAAAAAAUGUCUAUUGGACAGUGGCAAUAUCAGCAAUGAGAAAGAUUAUGGAAGAAUAAGUUUCUAUAAGUCUCCUACCUGGUAGUGUUCUAUGUGUAUAGUAUAGCUAAAAAAAAAAAAAAAACCCAUGCACAUAAACCAAAGAUUUUACCUUUUUUUUCCUACUUUAGUAAGAGGAAAUAAAAAGAUAUUAAAAAUACCUAUUUCAUAAAUCAAAAAGACCAUCAUCUAAAAGAGGAAUCCACAACAAAAACUCAGUAAUAUAAAUGUGUAUCAGGGCACAAUGCAGACAACAGCAAAACACAAGAGUGCAUGUCCCACUCAGAGACCUUCACAUUCAAUUCGAUUUUUGAAAAAAUAAAAAUAAAGCUUUGUGCCCACAAUUUUCAAUCUGAGUUAGUAGUUAAAGGAAUGCUCCCAACACCUCUCACUGUAAUAUUAAAUCUUUCCCCACCUAUUUACAAAAUAGUAUAUUUCUGGCAUGAUUGAUAAUAAUAAUUGAAAAGGCCUGGAAGUAUGCCUGUUUGUUUAUUGAGAGAAAAAUCCAGCUAAUUCUGCUUGUAAAUUAUUUUAUUUCACAGGAUAGGGAUAUAAUAAUAGGAGUGUAAUUUGUAGAUAUUCGAGUUUGUAAUACCAAUCAUAAAACAUCAAAAGUACUCGUUAGUUGUCUGAACAUCUGCUAAAAUGCCGGAAUAUAUAAAAAGCUGUAUCAAACAUGUUAUAGCUGACAGAUGUUGAAAAGGUGAAGUUUUUCUUCUUAUCAACUAAAAUAUGGAACACAAGAAUAAAUUCCUACUAGCUUUAGUGGCUGUGGCAAGCCUUGUCUAUGGGUGAAAUGAACCAGGGAACCGCAGUGUGUUCAAAUUUUGAUCUUAUGACACCUUUUAGCACAGAAGAAUAAUUUCAGGAAGAUCAGCUUAAAGAUUUAGAGAGCUGCAUAAAAUGAAGUAAAUUGAGCGUGUCCUUAUCAAAGGCAAAACUAAGCAGUGUUUUAUGUUGUAUUGUUUUUCCCAAAAAAUUAUGCUGGAGGAGGACUGGGAAGACUUGAAACCUCUCUGACCAGUGGUAUUAACCCAGAACUCUAUGUAUCUAUAGAUUUUUAUUUCAUUAUACAUUUAAGGACAAAGAGUUUGUUUUGGUUAAUCAAAAUGGAGCAUGUAGGCCUUUUGAGGUGGAGAAUAACAUAUCUCUGUCUACUGUUCUCAGCUUCCCAUGGUGGCCUGGAAGAGAAAAAUAUGUGAGUCAUUUUAUCUUCCACCUGUGCCAGGCCACAGCUUUUAAAUUGUAGUUUGUAAAUUCAGCUAUAGUUUAGUGAGAGUGUUGUUUCCGUUAACUUUGCUUAUGUUGAUACCUCCUUCCUCCUGGUCACAUUCAAACCAUCCCACAGUACAAAGGGGUAGGUAGGAAGGAGCCUAGAAAAAAGUAAUUAUGUUAUUCUCCAAAGUUAUAGCUUUUCUAGAUCUCUUAGUGAGAGAAAAAGUAGAAAAUCAAGUAGAAUUUGGCUUUGAGUCAAUAAAUGAUAUUAAAAAUGUGUUACCUAUAUAUUUGUGUAUUUAUCCAAAAACAUGAUGAAACCAAAAUAUCACUGAUUCAUCCAUAUUCUUUUCAUAAAAACCAUCCUCCACAUAAAAUAGAACCUUCUCACCUUCUUCUGUUCAUGCUGCUGAAAGUAAUAGACUCCUUCCAGUCUCUUAGCCACAGAGCUAAAUAUGGCAGAGUUCAAGUUACAGAGAGCCUAAGGCAUAUAAGCCAAAUACAAUUCACAUUUCCAAAUUUACUAGUAUGGUUGUUGAGAAUAAGGGAGCAACUCUCAGUAUCUUGAAUUAUUAAAGUGUAUGUUGUAAAAAUGGCACCUGGUGGCUGCUUCACCCCAGCGUUUUAUUAACAUCCAACUCCUACUGGGCUGCUAGAUGGAUGGUUUCCUGAGGUACCAUCAGAUAAUGAAAUAGGAAUCGGACAAAUAUGAAUGAGACUUGCAAAGAAUGCAGGCAACUGAGUGAGAGAGAUAACUCUUCAGUGAGAUAACAUCAGAUGACCUUUAGCCAAAAUGGUGCGUGAAGCUCAAAAUGUCCAGUUCUGCUGCCAAACUUUUCAUUUUAAGUAUGUUAUUGUAAUGCUGGAAGCUGUGCCACCAGUAUUUCAAAUACCAGCAGGGUCACCCAUGGUGGACAGAUUUCAGCAAAGCUUCUAGAUUAAGACAGACUAAGAAGAAAGGUCUGGUGAUCUACUUCUCAAAAAACUGGCCAGUGAACAGCUUAUGAAUGGCAGCAGAACACUGAUAUAGUGCCAAAAGAUGAGCCCCUCAGGAAAGACAGCACUUAAAAUAUGAAUGAAGAAGAGCUGCCACCUCAAAAUAGUCAAUCUUAGUGACAUAGAUGGAGUAAAGCUUUCCGGACCUCCAUUUGCUGAUGUACCAUGACUCAAAAUGAGAAGUAACAGCUGCAAACAUCCCUUAAUGCAAUGUAUGAAGUAUGAAUCUAGGAAAACUGGAAGUUGUCAAAAAUGAAAUGGAACACAUAAAGAUCAAUAGUUUAGGCAUUAGUGAGCUGAAAUGGAAUGGUAUUGGCCAUUUUGAAUUGGACAAUCAUAUGGUCUACUAUGACAAGAAUGACAAACUGAAAAGGAAUGGUGUCACAUUCAUCGUCAAAAAGAACAUUUCAAGAUCUGUCCUGAAGUACGUUGCUGUCAGUGAUAGGAUAAUAUCCAUAUGCUGACAAAGAAGACCAGUUAAUACAACUAUUAUUCAAAUGUGCGUACCAACCACUAAUGCCAAAGAUGAAGAAAUUGAAGAUGUUUACCAACUUCUACAGUUUGAAAUUUAUCAAACAUGCAAUCAAGAUGCAUUGGUAAUUACUGGUGAUUGGAGCACGGAAGUUGGAAACAAAGAAGGACCAGUAGUUGGAAAAUAUGACUUUGGUAAUAGAAAUGACACUGGAGAUCCCAUGAUAGAAUUUUGCAAGACCAAGUACUUCUUCAUUGCAAAUAACUUUUUCCAUCAACAUAAACAGUGACUAUACAUGUGCACCUUGCCAGAUGGAAUACACAGGAAUCAAAUUGACUACAUUCAGGGAAAGAAAUGAUGGAGAACCUCAAUAUCAUCAGUCAGAACAAGGCCAGGGGCUGACUGUGGAACAGAACCAUCGAUUGCUCAUAUGCAAGUUCAAGUGGAAGCUGAAGAAAAUUAAAAUAAGUCUGCGAGAGCCAAAAUAUGACCUGGAGUAUAUCCCACCUGAAUUUAGAGACCAUCUAAAAAAUAGAUUUGACACAUUGAACACUAAUGACUGAAGACCAGAUGAGUUGUGGGAAGACAUCAAGGACAUCAUCCAAGAAGAAAGCAAGAGGUCAUUAAAAAGACAGGAAAGGAAGAAAAGACCAAAAUGAAUGUCAGAAGGGACUCUGAAACUUAUUCUUGAACAUAGAGUAGCUAAAGUGAAUGAAAGAAACGAUGAAGUAAAAGAGUUGAGCAGAAGAUUUCAAAAGGCAGCUCAAGAAACCAAAGUAAGGUAUUAUAAUGUUAUGUGCUACAAAGACCUUGAGUUAGAAAACCAAAGAAUAUGUUCAGCAUUUCUCAAGCUGAAAGAACUGAAGAAAAAAUUCAAACCUUGAGUUGCAACACUGAGGGAUUCUAUUGGCAAAAAAAAAAAAAAAAUGGAUGACCCAGGAAGCAGCAAAAGAAGAUGGAAGGAAUACAAAGAGUCACUGUACCAAAAAGAACUAGUCGACGUUCAGUCAUUUCAGGAGGUAGCAUAUGAUCAAGAACCCAUGGUAUUAAAAAGGAAGAAGUCCAAGCAGUACUGAAGGUACUGGUGUAAAACAAGGCUCCAGGAAUUGACAGAAUACCAAUUGAGAUGUUUCAAACAAACAGAUGCAACGUUGGAAUCACUCACUCAUCUGUGCCAAGAAAUUUGAAAGACAGCUACUUGGCCAACCAGCUGGAAGAGAUGCAUAUUUUUGCCCAUUCCAAAUAAAGGUGAUCCAACAGAAUGCAGAAGUUAUCAAACAGUAUCAUUAAUAUCACACACAAGUAAAAUUCUGCUGAAGGUAAUUCAAAAAUGGUUGCAGCAGUACAUUGACAGGGAACUGCCAGAAAUUCAAGCUGGAUACAGAAGAAGACAUGGAACAAGGGCUAACAUUGCAAAUGUCAGAUGGAUCUUGGCUGAAAGCAGAGAAUCCAGAAAGAUGUUUACCUGUGUUUUAUUGACUGUGCAUAGGCAUUCAGCAUUGUGGAUCAUAACAAGUUAUGGAUGACAUUGUGAAGAAUGGUAAUUCCAGAACACUUAAUUGUGCUAACGCGGAACCUGUGCAUAGACCAAGAGACAGUCAUUCGAACAGAACAAGGGAAUACCACAUGGUUUAAAAUCAGGAAAAGUAUGUGUGAGGGUUGUAUCCUUUCACUAUACUUACUCCAUCUGUAUGCUGAGCAAAUAAUUCUAGAAGCUGGACUGUAUGAAGAAGAACAUGACGAUAUGCAGAUGACGUAACCUUGCUUGCUGAAAGUGAAGAGGACUUGAAGCACUUACUGAUGGAGAUCAAAAACUACAUACAGCCUUUUGAUUGGAUUAUACCUCAACAGAAAGGAAACAAAAAUCCUCACAACUGGACCAAUAAGCAACAUCAUGAUAAACAGAGAAAAGAUUGAAGUUGUCAAGGAUUUCAUUUUACUUGGAUCCACAAUAAACACCCACAAGAAAUCAAAUGAGUUAUUGCAUUGGGCUAAUCUGCAAAAGACCUUUUUAAACUGUUAAAAAACAAAGAUGUUACUUUGAGCACUAAGCACUUAACCAAGCCAUGGUAUUGUCAAUUGCCUCAUAUGCAGGGGAAAGCUGGAGAAUAAAUAAGGAAGACUGAAAAAGAAUUGAUGCUUUUUAAUUACGAUGUUGACGAAGAAUAUUGAAUAUACCAUCGACUGCCAGAAGAAUGAACAAACCUGCCUUGGAAGAAGUACAGCCACAAUGCUCCUUCAUCUCCCGUACUUGGGACAUAUUAUCAGGAGGGAUCAGUCCCUGGAGAAGGACAUCAUGCUUGGUAAAGUAGAGGGUCAGCGAAAAAGAGGAAGCCCCUCAAUGAGAUAGACUGAGAUGGUGGCUGCAACAGUGGUCUCAAAUAUAGCAACAAUUAUGAGGAUGGCACAGGACCAGGCAGUGUUUCGUUCUGUUGUACAUAGCGUCUCUGUGAGUUGGAACUGACUCAACGGCACCUAACAACAACAUUUGGUAAGAGUUUGAAAUUGAGAGUGCCGAAUCCUAACCACUAGACCACCAGGGAAGGAGUCUGAGCAAACUAAAUGCUUUCAUCUUAGGUAGAAAUGAUCUGAAUCUUUCACUUUGUAUAUUUCAAUGUUAUUGUUAUUUGGGCCAAGGUAAAAAACUCGAUUUCAUUUCAGCUGACAUGAGUCUUUGCAUAAGAGCUUUUCAGAGAGAACUUUAUAGACACCCAUGAUUGUCCUCUGGAGCCCUGGUGGCUACAACUCCUAGCCAAAAGGUGGGCAGUUCAAAUCCACCAGCUGUUCCUUGGAAACCCUACUCUGUCCUAUAGGGUCACUAUGAGUUGUAAUCGACUCGACGGCCAUGGGUUUGGUUUGGGUUUUUUAUGAUUAUCCCCAAUCGGUUCAUGAUUUUGCAUUGGUAGUUAUUUUUGUCCCUUUCUUAGAAAUGUUAAUGCCAAAGCUGCCUGAAUAUUUGAGUGUUUUUCUUAAUUUGAAAAACAUAAAAAGUAUACAGAAUAAAUUUCUUAAUUUGAAGUGUAAAAAGUAUACAGGAUAAUUCCAAAGGUGUUGAAAGUUUCUGUUUAUCAGUAUGUUUAAUGAUGUCAUUGGGUCCAGAGAGCUUUCAAGCAAUCCUUUGGAAAUAAAGGUUAAAUGUUUACAUUUCAUGUGGUAUUUGAGGUCUUAUGAUUCUUAUUAGCUUACUUUUUUUCUUUUUUAUCUUUGGCUGAUUCUCGCUUUGUAAAUGAAUGUUAGUAGCCCUGAAAUGUUUCUAACACCCAAAUAAGAAAAAAAUCAGACCAAAGUCAGUUAGAUGGGCAAGUAAUUGCAAGGCACUUUCCGUUUGUAAGUAAUUUUUAUGGAAAGAGAAAAUGCAGUUAAGCUCUCUAGUUAUUGUGCUUGCCAUCUAGCGUGCUGUCCAUGGAAGGAAUAUUCUCAGUAAUCAUAAGAAGUUUUUGAAAUCCUGUAAAAUGCAGCAAGAUUUUUUUUUUUUUUAAUGCCUCAAGUCAGUUUAAGUUUCUCUUGGUAAAAUGAAAUUGUACCACUCUCAGAUUACCAGAUAAUAAUUACCACUAGUUCACUGUGACCACAUUUUAGUUCUUCAUAGGGUUUUAUAGUAAGAGACCAGAAAAGGGCCUUCAAGUUUUGCCUUUAUGUAGUCUGGCAGUCCUUUGUGUGCACGACCUCCUCCUCUCCUCUAGGGGGCUCUCGAGAGUUGCUGAGGAGGCCUGUCAUCUCUGUGUUGUUGGAAUUCCUCUAAUACACACUCAGAUAUCAUACCUUAUGCUGGUUUUCAUGAAAAAGAUUGUAUUCGAGCACAUAAAACAUUGUAAAAAACCAUUCAUAAGAUCUGAAGACACCGAAAGGAGAAGCUUUAGUCUUUUCCAGGUAUUUCCAACUUGAGUUCAAUCCAGACUUUGGAAGGAAAGCAUCAACAGGUGGCCAUAAGCUAAGACCCCACCAGAUCAAAGAAAGGAAAAUGUCUCAGCAGCCAGUUGGUAUAUGGUGUCUCCACAAAACUAGGGGUUUUCAAGAUUGUUCAGGAAGUGACGGGAGUGGAAUACUAUUCUAAUAUCCAUCUUGUUUAUCUCAAUUCGCUCACGUUCCUUCCAGCCUCCUGGUACUCUUGAUUAAAGAAUGCAGGAUAUUGUCACUUUUCUGCUAUUUCCCAGCAGCCUUUGGAUCAGUUGUGUACUCACACUCCCUUCUCUGCCUAAUUCCAUUUUUCUGAAAAAGUAUUGUGGCCGUGUGUGUGUUUUCCUUACAAACAGAUUCAUAAAAGCCUGGCUUUCUAUUUCGGUAUAUGUUGCAUGGCCCAGAAACCAGGAGACGAAAGCUGUUGUUAUGGUUUCUGUGUUCAGUGGAAAGUUAAACUUUAUUGGGAUAAUUUUUUUUUUUUCCUUUCUAACCUACAGUAAUUUUUUUAAACUGUCAUUGUAAAACUGCCCUUUAAAAAAUCCUGAUUUUUAAAGAUUAGUUACAAAAAAAAAAAAAACUCUGUAACAGGAACAGUUUUGUGACGUUUGGAAGUUUAACUUAGAACUUCUUUAAUUUAAAAUGGAAAACACUCCAAGUUUGAGUUCUGAUUUUGCCCAUUUGUUGUCAUGGAAGAGGGUGGUGGCUAGUUUGGGGAUUUGAUUUUUUUUUUUUUUUUUAACUUGCAGUGAGAAAUAGGAUAGGUGACAAAAUCUUGUUUUCUUAAGACAAUUCAGUGCUUGAGCAUCUCUGUCAGAAAUGUAAGGAUGUGCUGUUAGCCAAUUAGAAUUAUUUUAUGUAUUGUUACUGUGUUUUGCUGAUUUUUAUAUGAAAAUAUAAUUAUUCAUUCUUGGUCUCUGGAAGCAAUCAUUAUUAUAAGGAUCAUUUUACUUUGGAAACACUUUCAUAAUAAAGAUAAGUAUUAAGAGUACAGUGUAAAUGGCAUUUUCUGUAAGCGGCAACCAGCCUGUGUUGGUAACACUUCACACCUUCCUGGAAAAGCUUUAUUUCAAGGCUGACAUCAUCCCAGUAGUUUCUUGCACGGC